GUCUGUUUCGCUUCCCUUUCCCUCCCUCCCUCACGCUUCUUCCCCUCCCCCUGCUCCCUUUCGUUUACGGUUUCGUACUCUCCCAUCGAGGCCGACCCCUGAGUCUCGAGUGUGGGGUUUGGCUGGUGAAAAAGGAUUGUUGUAGCUGGAAGCAGAGAGGUGUGGGAAAUACUGUUAAUUGAGAGGACAACAGCAUGUCCUCCCUUCCUGGGUGCAUUGGUUUGGAUGCAGCAACAGCUGCAGUGGAGUCUGAAGAGAUUGCAGAACUGCAGCAAGCAGUGGUGGAGGAGCUGGGUAUCUCAAUGGAGGAACUUCGGCAGUUCAUUGAUGAAGAACUAGAAAAGAUGGACUGUGUACAGCAGCGUAAGAAGCAACUAGCAGAGUUGGAAACGUGGGUGAUACAGAAGGAAUCUGAGGUGGCCCAUGUUGACCAGCUCUUUGAUGAUGCAUCCAGGGCAGUGACUAACUGUGAGUCUUUGGUGAAGGACUUUUAUUCCAAACUGGGCCUACAAUACCGGGACAGUAGCUCUGAGGAUGAAGCUUCCCGGCCUACAGAAAUAAUUGAGAUUCCUGAUGAAGAUGAUGAUGUCCUCAGUAUUGAUUCAGGUGAUGCUGGGAGCAGAACUCCCAAAGACCAGAAGCUCCGUGAAGCUAUGGCUGCCUUAAGAAAGUCCGCUCAGGAUGUCCAGAAGUUCAUGGAUGCUGUCAACAAGAAGAGCAGUUCCCAGGAUCUACAUAAAGGGACCUUAAGUCAGAUGUCUGGCGAACUGAGCAAAGAUGGUGACCUUAUAGUUAGCAUGCGCAUCCUGGGCAAGAAGAGAACUAAGACAUGGCACAAAGGCACCCUUAUCGCUAUCCAGACGGUUGGACCAGGAAAGAAGUACAAGGUGAAAUUUGACAACAAAGGGAAGAGUCUCCUGUCGGGGAACCAUAUUGCCUAUGAUUAUCACCCUCCUGCUGACAAGCUCUUUGUGGGCAGUCGAGUGGUAGCCAAGUACAAGGAUGGGAAUCAGGUCUGGCUCUAUGCUGGCAUUGUAGCUGAGACACCAAACGUCAAAAACAAGCUCAGGUUUCUCAUUUUCUUUGAUGAUGGUUAUGCUUCCUAUGUCACACAGUCUGAACUAUAUCCCAUUUGCCGGCCACUGAAAAAGACUUGGGAGGACAUAGAAGACAUCUCCUGCCGGGACUUCAUAGAAGAGUAUAUCACGGCUUACCCCAACCGCCCCAUGGUACUGCUCAAGAGUGGCCAGCUUAUCAAGACUGAAUGGGAAGGCACGUGGUGGAAGUCCCGCGUCGAGGAGGUGGAUGGCAGCCUAGUCAGGAUCCUCUUCCUGGAUGACAAAAGAUGUGAAUGGAUCUAUCGAGGCUCUACGCGGCUAGAGCCCAUGUUCAGUAUGAAGACAUCCUCAGCCUCUGCACUGGAGAAGAAGCAAGGAGGACAGCUCAGGACACGUCCAAAUAUGGGUGCCGUGAGGAGCAAAGGCCCUGUGGUCCAGUACACCCAGGAUCUGACCAGUACUGGGACACAGUUCAAGCCAAUGGAGCCCCUGCAGCCUACAGCCCCUCCUACCCCCCCUGUCCCUCCUGUCCCACCUGCCCCACCUGCACCCCCUCUGUCCCCACAGGCAGGUGACAAUGACAGCUUAGAAAGUCAGCUUGCCCAAUCUCGGAAGCAGGUAGCCAAAAAGAGCACAUCCUUCCGGCCAGGAUCUGUGGGCUCUGGUCAUUCCUCCCCUACAUCUCCAGCACUCAGUGAAAAUGUCCCUGCUGGGAAGCCUGGUAGCAACCAGACAUACAGACCACCGUUAAGCUCAGCAGCCUCUGCCCCAGCAGCACCCCCAGUACCCCCAGCACCUCCCGCCUUCCACGGCAUGCUGGAGCGGGCCCCAGCAGAGCCCUCCUACCGAGCCCCCAUGGAGAAGCUCUUCUACUUACCUCACGUGUGCAGCUACACCUGUCUGUCCCGAGUCAGACCUAUGAGAAGUGCGCAGUACCGGGGCAAGAAUCCUCUGCUGGUCCCACUACUCUAUGACUUCCGGCGGAUGACAGCCCGCCGCCGAGUUAACCGCAAGAUGGGCUUUCAUGUUAUCUAUAAGACACCCUGUGGCCUCUGCCUUCGGACAAUGCAGGAGAUUGAGCGCUAUCUUUUUGAGACUGGCUGUGACUUCCUCUUCCUGGAGAUGUUCUGUUUGGAUCCAUAUGUUCUUGUGGACCGCAAGUUUCAGCCCUAUAAACCUUUUUACUAUAUAUUGGACAUCACUUACGGGAAGGAAGAUGUUCCCCUAUCCUGUGUCAAUGAGAUUGACACAACCCCCCCACCCCAGGUGGCCUACAGUAAGGAACGAAUCCCGGGCAAGGGUGUUUUCAUUAACACGGGCCCAGAAUUUCUGGUCGGUUGUGACUGCAAGGAUGGGUGCCGUGACAAGUCCAAAUGUGCCUGUCAUCAACUAACUAUCCAGGCCACAGCCUGCACCCCGGGCGGCCAGAUCAACCCUAACUCUGGCUACCAGUACAAGAGACUAGAAGAGUGUCUGCCCACAGGAGUCUAUGAGUGUAACAAACGCUGCAAAUGUGACCCAAACAUGUGCACAAACCGGCUGGUGCAGCACGGACUCCAGGUUCGGCUACAGCUGUUCAAGACACAGAACAAGGGCUGGGGUAUCCGCUGCUUGGAUGACAUUGCCAAAGGCUCCUUUGUCUGUAUUUAUGCAGGCAAGAUCCUGACAGAUGACUUUGCAGACAAGGAGGGCCUGGAGAUGGGUGAUGAGUACUUUGCCAAUCUGGACCACAUCGAGAGUGUGGAGAACUUCAAGGAAGGCUAUGAGAGUGAUGCUCCCUGUUCCUCUGAUAGCAGCGGGGUGGACUUGAAAGACCAGGAGGAUGGCAACAGUGGUACAGAAGAUCCUGAAGAGUCCAAUGAUGACAGCUCCGAUGAUAACUUCUGUAAAGAUGAGGACUUCAGCACCAGCUCCGUGUGGCGCAGCUAUGCUACCCGGCGGCAGACCCGGGGCCAAAAGGAGAACGGACUUUCUGAGACCGCUUCCAAGGACUCCCGCCCCCCAGACCUCGGCCCCCCACAUAUUCCUGUCCCUCCAGCAAUUCCUGUAGGUGGUUGCAAUCCGCCUUCCUCUGAAGAGACACCCAAAAACAAGGUGGCCUCGUGGUUGAGCUGCAAUAGUGUCAGUGAAGGUGGCUUUGCUGACUCUGAUAGCCGUUCAUCCUUCAAGACUAGCGAAGGUGGGGAAGGCCGGGCUGGGGGAGGCAAAGGGGAGGCUGAGAAGGCCUCCACCUCAGGGCUGGGCUUCAAGGAUGAGGGAGACAUCAAGCAGCCCAAGAAAGAGGACCCUGAUGACCGAAACAAGAUGUCAAUAGUUACUGAAACCUCUCGAAAUUAUGGUUACAAUCCUUCUCCCAUGAAGCUUGAAGGACUUCGCCGCCCACCUAGUAAGACUAGUAUGCAUCAGAGCCGACGACUCAUGGCCUCUGCUCAGUCCAAUGCUGAUGUAAGUGGCCUUCUCCCUCAAGCUGUACCUCACCUCUUCAGGGCCUUACUGAUAAUUACCAAUAAAUGCCUUGGUUCUUUGGCUGUGACUUCUUGCUUCCUUUUCCUUCAGCAAGUGUCUCAUCUUUCUCUUGCUGUACUUAGUUUCUUCCUACCUAACUGUAGAAAGAGCAAGAACUUGAAUGGGUCCUCUCCAUUUAUUCGUCUUUCUUCUCACCUUUGUGUUUCCCAGGAUGUGUUAACAUUGUCUAGCAGCACAGAAAGUGAGGGGGAAAGUGGGACGAGCCGGAAGCCCACCACUGGUCAGACUUCAGCCACAGCAAUGGAUAGCGAUGAUAUCCAGACCAUCUCCUCUGGCUCCGAAGCGGAUGACUUUGAGGACAAGAAGAACAUGUCUGGUCCGACAAAGCGCCAGGUGGCAGUAAAAUCAACCAGAGGUUUUGCUCUGAAGUCCACUCAUGGGAUUGCCAUUAAGUCCACCAACAUGGCAUCUGUGGAAAAGGGGGAGAGUGCACCUGUUCGUAAGAACACACGCCAGUUCUAUGAUGGGGAAGAGUCUUGCUACAUCAUUGAUGCCAAGCUAGAAGGCAACCUCGGCCGCUACCUCAAUCAUAGCUGCAGCCCCAACCUGUUUGUCCAGAAUGUCUUCGUGGAUACUCACGAUCUUCGCUUCCCUUGGGUGGCCUUCUUUGCCAGCAAGAGGAUCCGGGCUGGGACAGAGCUCACUUGGGACUACAACUACGAGGUGGGCAGCGUGGAAGGCAAGGAGCUGCUCUGCUGCUGCGGGGCCAUCGAAUGCAGAGGGCGUCUUCUUUAAAGGAUAGCCUUCUUCUGAACUUUCCGAACCCUCCCUGAACCAUCCUUUCCUCAGGAACCGGGUCUUCCUGACUGUUAAACUCUGACCCCCACGUCUCCAGUCUAGCUCUUCCCCCAGCUCCUAGUAGAUAGAAAUGGGAACUCUGGAUCAGGAGAUCCUUUCCCAUGUGGUGCUAGCAGGCAGGGUCCCUCCUCCCACCUCCUAAAGCAUGGAGGCAGGGAGAGGUUGCCACGCCGACCUGGGCCUGAUAUCCCUUGGUCCUCCUGUGACCCCUCCCUCCCAGCCUAUAUUUGUUCAAGUGUUCAUGCUUCUGACAGACUGUAUUCCUGGAAUGAGGGCUGCAUAUCUACUGUCCUUGAUUUGUAUGGCUUCUUGAACAUCUUUUUAACAAGAUGUUAAAACGAA